AACGGCAUCGAUUUAUGAGCGAAAUUAGCGCGAUUUUGACGCUGCCGCUGGUCCUUUCAAAUUUAAAUUUUUCUUUGCCUAUUGAGUACUGUGCCCAAGUUUUAUAAGUUGACCUAAUAAUUUGAACAACACUCGUGAAACGUUGUAUUUAUAGUGCUUCAAAUGGUACUCCGUAACAUGCGAUCGAUGAGGAGGUUGGCGGGUUCGCGGGGCAGUGACGGCGGCACAUUCCUGUAGCGCAGCCCUACCUAGCGGACAUCGCCCCAGUUGCCUCUUCGGACGGAUCGAACGAUUGCGUAGUCACCACGCAGGGCCAUAGCCCACAAGUUCUUGUUAAUUUUACGAAAAAUUGUGGCGUUCUGAAAGUGAAUUUGAUGUAUGAAGACAAUGAAAACACGAUAACUGACAGUUUUGUCGAGACUCCGAGCGAAAUUCCUUGGAACGUUUUUGUUUCAACGUUGGAUUGCAUGCAAAAUGGAAGAUUCCUUCAUUAUAGCAAAUUUCCACAUGGUCUGUCGACUGUGCUUGAAUAAAAGCACACUUAUGGUGUCACUCUAUGGUGCUGCUCCUGACGACGAGACAAAUGUCUCUUUAACCUCUAAAAUUGCAGAAUGUUUCGAGCUGCAAAUGAACCCAAAUGAUGGCCUGCCUGGAAGAAUCUGUUAUAAAUGCUUAUUUAAAGUUGAUAAAUGCUCUAAGUUUCGCCUUCAAUGCAUACAGAACCAGUCUAGAUUGAGGCAGAUCACCAACCGGGUAAAUGAACUGGACAACUCUAAUUCUUCAGAACAUAGCAAUUACAACUACAUUUCUCAAGAUUCAGUCAAACCAAAGCCAGAGGACUAUAUAGUAGAAGACAGUGUUGUGAUGGUGGUUGAUCCGAGCUUAGAUUACGAUUCUUCAGAGGAGUCUGACGCAGUGGAACAUGUUGAUCAUGAAUCCAUUGAGAGAGAUAACACACCUGAAGGAGAACCAGUUACAGAAAACUUUUUCAAAAAUGUAGCUAUGUGUCAAUUCUGUGACAAAGCUUUUAUUUCUCAAGAUAAAUGCAAAGAACAUGAAAUGAACUAUCACGACCCAAACUUACCAUAUCGAUGUGAUGAGUGUAGCAUAGUGUUUGCAGAACGAACACCGUAUGUACAGCAUGCAAAGAUGGUACAUGGCAAUGAUAAGCCAUAUCACUGCUCUGAAUGUGAUAAGUGCUUUGGCCGGCGUUCUGAUUUGAGGAAGCAUUCUAUAGUUCACACUGGAAUUAGACCUUAUCAAUGUCAAUAUUGUUUAAAGAGUUUUUCUCGUAAUACUAAUUUGAGUAAACACCUUAGAAUACAUGCAGGCCAUAAGCCACAUGUAUGUCCUUUGUGCCCUCGAAGCUUUGUUGCAAAAGCAGACUUACAGCGCCAUGUACUUGUUCAUUCAGGAAUGAAACCAUAUGCAUGUAGAAAAUGUCCUUUAACAUUUGGAAGACGAGAUAAACUUAUUAAGCAUGAAGAACGCCAUGCACCUAAUAGCCCUGAUCGCAAACACUAUGACAGUGGACAGGAUACAAAUGACAUGGUUGUUAAUGUGAAUCCUUUUAGUAAUCUUAUGACCUCACCUAGUGGUAUACACGCAGAUUCUUCAAACAUUGAUUAUGAUCUACCUCGUGUACCAGAUCAUAUUUCUGGAGAAAGCAGUUUUAUUAAUCAAGUGAAAAAGAUUCCGUCCACCUCUAAUAAGCAUAUACAAAACUCCCCAUCGAAACAGAAGCCUACUACAAAUAAGAAUAAACCAAAGAAUAUUAAGUGUCACCAAUGUCCUAAGAGGUUUUCCUCAUUAGAUGCCUACAAGACUCAUGUGUCAAUAGCACACAUUGGAUCAAGGGUAUUUCAGUCUUCCUUCCAGUGUAAAGUAUGUUUCAAGAAGUUCCCUCGAAAGAGAGAGCUGGAUCGUCAUGCAGCUCUUCACUCAGGGAUGAAGCCAUUUUCAUGCAGUCAAUGUGAUAAAAAGUUUACUAGGAAAGACAAACUUAACAAACAUGAGCAAACUCAUGAAUGCUUGGUUGUGAACAUGCCUUGCAUAGAAUGUGGUGCCACUUUUGAUAAAAAAGCAGAUCUAGUUGCACAUAUUAAGUCGCAUUUUAGUGAUAGUUUUGAAGAUAAAACUCCAGGAACUGAAAUUAAGAAAGAAAACGAGAAUGAACAGCCUGAAUUCUCUAUGGAUGAUAAUUUUUACGAUUUGGAAACAUGACAUAAAAAUGGAUCCUAGAACUGAAUUAGUGUAUUAAUGUGGCAUAUUAUAUUAGUUAGUCACCAUCACAUUUGUGCACAGCAUAUGCAAUUUGUACUUGUCUGUACUGUAUUAUUGCACUACUAGUGUAGUGUAUGCAAAUUAUUGUAUGUAAGUAGGUAUUUAAUUAUCGUCCUAGUGAUGUCUAAACUCUGUACAAAAUUUACUAUAUCAUUAUGUUAAAUAAAACUACUUAAUAACUCUAAUGUGAAUAAAAACUGACUGUUUACUUAAAUUAUAUUUGACUGGAUAGUAUCAAGUAUUUAAUUAGGAACUUCUUAACAAAUUAAAGAUGUUUAAAUUCAAAUAAUGUUUAGCUGUUAACAUUUCAAAGUAACACAGAUAUAGCGUUACAUAGAUAACAUAAUGUACACUUAUUUAUUGAAUCAUUGUUCUUAAUAGUCUGAUUUGUUAUGAUAUUACAUAGAUGUGUAUUAAUGCUAUGAGCAGUUAUUAGAAGUUUAGCUCUUGCAUUAAUUAAAGAUAUAAUAAAUAGACAUGUGUAGUUCUCUUAUAAUGUCACUGCUGAAUAAUGCACAAAUCUAUUUUUAUUCUAUGUAAAAGCAGUAUUUUAAAACAGAAAUGUUGUUUACUUCUAUUUAAAAUUCAUUGUGAUUGUAAUAGUAAUUGAAUACUUCCUU